AGUCACACUCCAGGUCCAUCAAGCAUGGAGAAAUGAGGAGAAACCCAGGAGAAAGAGGGAGCGGAUGGGCAACUGAAACACCCCAAUCUGGUGAACCUGCUGGAAGUGUUCAGGAGGAAGCGGAGGCUGCACCUGGUCUUUGAAUACUGCGACCACACUGUUCUCCAUGAGCUGGACAAGCACCCCCGGGGGGUGCCGGAGCAUCUCGUGAAGAGCAUAACCUGGCAGACCCUCCAGGCUGUGAACUUCUGCCAUAAACACAACUGCAUCCACCGAGAUGUGAAGCCAGAAAACAUCCUGGUAACAAAGCACUCGGUCGUCAAACUUUGUGACUUUGGAUUUGCUCGUAUACUGACUGGUCCGAGUGAUUAUUACACAGACUACGUGGCUACCAGGUGGUACCGCUCUCCGGAGUUACUUGUGGGGGACACCCAGUACGGCCCUCCCGUGGAUGUCUGGGCCAUAGGAUGUGUCUUUGCAGAGCUGUUGUCUGGUGUCCCCCUGUGGCCUGGCAAGUCUGAUGUGGACCAGCUGUACCUCAUCCGGAGAACCCUGGGGGAUCUUAUUCCCAGGCACCAGCAAGUGUUCAGCACCAACCAGUUCUUCAGUGGGGUGAGGAUUCCAGACCCAGAGAGCAUG